UUUGAAAUGUAUUGAGUUGUGAAUGGAUUAGUACUUUGAUUCAUGUUUUCAUCGUCCUGCGGCUGGAUUGGAUUACGAAUUGCAAAAAAAAUGUAGGACUUGGUUGCACAAAGUCUAUUAGAUAAAUAUAAUCUUCAUCUGGAUUCUGGACGCGCCUCCUGCCCCCAAGCCCCCUCCUUCUCCUCUUCGCAUUGCCUCUUCUAGACGGACAAGGGGAAAUCUUUAAAAUGAGUGUUUUCAGUUGUGUGCCUGCAUAUAGGGUUUCUAUAUCGUGUUUUUGGGUGGACUAGCUAAGUAGUACUCCCUCCGAUGAAAUCUGAACUAAAACCACGACACUUACUUUGGGACCGAGGGAGUAGAAGAGAACAGGUUACACAUUGUCCGGUGGAAUGUAAAGCCUAGGUUUGACUACUUUAAUCCCAGUGUACUACAACCUGUGCCACAAAAUAUGGGGUAUAGGUGAGCCCCUUUCUUCAGUUGUGAUUGUGGUAAACCCUUUACUCCAAGAUGAUACCAGACAUUUAUGUUUUGGGGGAGCAAGGUGGCACUUUAAAUACAAUUGGGCACAACCUAGGCUAGACAUCAGGUGUAACAGUGGACAGGCCUUUUCACGUCAGCACUCCAUGCUAUAAUUGCUAGCUGAUAAUAGAGCUAAGAAAUGAUGCUAUUCGUCCACCUUCUUCGGGGACCCCAACCAAAAUUAUCACCUUUGGUGUUUUGGGCAAGUCAAGAACCAGCAACCCUGACAUAAGAAAGUUCUGCUCCAGUCUUGAAAAAGAUGCGGAAAGCUAAGAGGGGCGGUGAUCAUCUCACUAGAAGCUUUUGUAAGAGCAGAAGAGCUUCCAAGAAUGAAUCAUUGGUCUCAGGCCGCUUCCUUGGGGACUCUGAUCAAGGUGUUCCGUCUGGGCUCAGUGAUAGGCUAUCAUAUUUGACUAGAAGUGUUGCCUCUAUUACUUUAUACAAUGGAGACACAAUCUUAUUUUCAUGCUCGGGCAUAGUUAUGGAACGCCAGGGGCGCCACCUUACAAGGUUUUUGACCUCUGCAAGUUUGGUUAGAGCUCUCAAUGCUACAAAUAAAGACCAUGAUGACUUGAAGAUUCAAGUGCGCCUAGAAGGCAAGGAAGUGUAUAUGGGGGGGAUGGCUGAAUUUGAUUUAGAUCGCAACUUUGCUGUUGUCGAUGUCCAUGCGUUCCUUGAUGUUCAGGUUGGAUCUUUCCAGCAUGCACAAAUUCUGCCCCAUGGUGAGACAUUAGUAGUUAUAGGGCGUCGCGUCUCUGGUGAAAUAAUAACCAAGAAUGUGGAAUUGGAUGGUGAUUCAAGGGUAUCUGAGGAUGAUGAAGAUCUUGAUUGUAAAAUCUCAGAGGCUUGGGAAGGUGGGCCACUUCUUUCUGUUGAUGGGAUGGUUGUUGGCAUGAACCUUUUUCUGACUACUAGAAGAGCUGUUUUCCUACCAUGGGGCACAAUUCUCAAGCAUCUGGAGUAUUACUGGACAUCCCAGCAAAAGAAGACUGGUCUUGCACGGCCAAAAACUUCGAAGGCCUCUAGGUUUGGAGCAAGACCCAUAGGUGAGAAAUCUAACAGCCAUCCAGAAGUGCAUGGAGAUAUUCUCAACCAGGAGCAGUUAGAUCUAGACUCCAUGGGUUACCCUAAGUUACCAUCCUCCAUGUUAGGAGCUGGUAUGAUUUUGGUUAAUACUUUUGAAGAGACUUUUGGCGACAUACAUGGUGAAGGUGUCUGGAGAAACUUUGGUGAACGAGCUUCUAACAUAAAUCGCAAUGUUGUCGCACUGGCUUCAUUCAAUGGAAAAAGAAGGGUUUUUGCAUGCACGGGUUUUUUUAUUGAAUGGAAUGGAUCUACGAUGAUUUUGACAUCAGCAAGCUUGGUUAGAAAUUCCGGUGAUGAGAACAAGAUUGUUGAGAACUUGAGGAUUGAAGUGUUGCUUAACAGCCAAUUCAGAGAAGGGACGUUACAGCAUUAUAGUCUACAUUACAACGUUGCUCUAGUCAGUGUCAAGGAUUAUCGUGCUCUUCGUCCAUCUAAUACUCUACUUCAUUGGAAAAAGGAUUUUGAAGUAGCAGCUGUAGGGCGUUGCUUCGAAUCAGGUGCGCUAAUGGCUACUACUGGGGAGCUGGUUUCCUGGACAGGCACACUCGAUUGCGAUUUUCUCGCAACUUCAACGUGUAAAAUCACUAAGGCUGGGAUCGGAGGCCCUCUUGUUACUCUUGAUGGGGAUGUUAUUGGCAUGAAUUUCUAUGAUAAGAGAAUAGGAACCCCUUUCCUGUUAUUGGUGGACAUUUACAAAAUUCUAGCAUCGUUUGAGACAAAAAGUGAACUUGGUGAAGUUGGCAAUGAUAGGCACCCCCCUGGAGCGCCUUUUUGGAAAAUGGAUGAAGAUGGCAAAACUAAGUUAAACAGGUGGCCUGUGCUCAUGCCUUGCUGGCGCAAUCCUGACUAUGUGGAUGAGGAUAAAUCUGAUGAUGAUGAGUUUGGCUUCGAACCUGAAUCCGGCCGCAUGCCGAGUUACGGUUACUUUAAGGGAAGGAAACUCAUGCUCUUUUAGAUGCAACCCUUGAUUGGUCACACAAUCCCCAUAUCAUUGCUCGUUUGAGAUUACAGAAGUAACCUUUGGCUUGCUGAAGUCUUAGUAUGUGCAAUGUUUGUAGCUUGGAAGCUAUGUUGUGUAAUACUCCAAAACUAUUGUGCAACAAUGGAGUAGCACAGUGGCAGAACUACACCCCAGGCAGCCUGGGCUCUAGCUUAAUCCCAAAUCCUAUGAAGCAUCUCCUUAAGGAACAUAAUUAAUUUUGAACAAAUUUGAGGUCAUAGCUUACACUAUAAGGCUCAGCCUCGGGCUUCACUGGUUUCUGGGUCUGCACUUGGAGGAGCAUGUCGUGGUAGUUCAAGUCACACUAUCGAGUCGUUAAGAUGAACUAAUUUGCUGCCCGUGGUGUUUGUCGCAUGCUGUUUUGGGCACAAAUCAAUGUUCCGUAUUGGAAGCCUGCCACCCUUAUAGGACGGGUUCCGCUGCAAAUGUAACCCUCACUGGCAUGUGGGGCCCAUAUGUUUGUGGCUGAUGAUCUGUGGCUUUUGGGCAUGUUUGGAAUUUUGGAUACUUCAUUAGUGGUGCGUUUGGUAGCCUGCAUUAGGCCUAUCCAAGCUUGCGCGGAAUGUUUUUGACUUCUUUGAUUGCUUGGGUUGCAUUGAAAAGUUAGCCUGCGCGGAACUUAAAGCACCUCUGAAUUUGCAUUUAGAUGGACGGCCGACCGUCUAGGGAGCACAUGGGUGAGUUAAGCACCUCUGAAUUUGCAUUUAGAUGGACGGCCGACCGUCUAGGGAGCACAUGGGUGAGUUGGUUGCACGAGAUGGCGCUAGUACUCCCUCUGUCCGGAAAAAUUUGUCAUUAAAAUUAAUAAAAAAAGAUGUAUUUCUUAUCUUAUCUUAUCUUACCUACUAAUAAACCAGCGAUCGCUUGUGGUCGUACGUCGUCGGCGUUUUGCAAAAAAGUCCCUGAUGUUUUAGUUAUUCAACUCGCAGUCCUUUUUAAACUGGCUAACUGAGAUAACGAUUCAUUUUUGCAAAAAUGUCCAUGUCCUUUAGUAUAUUCAACCCGCAGUCCUUCAAACAAACACAUCAGGGCAGAUCCCCUUCCUCUUCCCCACGCACGAGCGGGCGCACCGCCGCCGCCGAUGCCUUCCUCGCGGAGUUUGCGGCCGAAGGAUCGGUUGGGGCGCACCGGGUCGGCCUUCGGUGGGGCGCAGUGCGAGCUCUCGGCUCGGGGCAGGAGGCGGCUCGAUGAAGAGGAGAUGGGGCGCGGCGCUCCUCUCCUGGUGUGGCGCACGAGGGAAGGAGGAGGGGAUCGAUCCAAGACGGGAGCUGAGGCUGGCGGCGCCCUUCACACAAGCCUCACCGGCGGUGCCUUCUACACAAGCCUCACCGGCGGUGCGGCGGGAGAGCUCCGACCCGUCCAUAGGUGCAGGGAUGCAGAUCCGCGUCGCCAGCCUGUACUAGGCCGAGGUUGAUGCGCCGGCGCAGGGGUCGCCGUCCAUCUUCGCCAGGCCUCCAGAGUACUCCAGCAACAGCCACUGGACGGCAGAUAUUUUGCCGGAUGACCCACUGUAUGAGCAUGCCACAUCCUUUCUUGCUCACCCAGCACACGACAUUCCUUACAGUAGAGGUACCACACGGGGUGGUGACUGUGAGGCUGGGACAUGCUGGCACGGCCAAACAGCUGGUUUACUGCAAUCAGGGUGCUAGAGGCUCUUGGGGUUGCAGCCCGCUCGCCUGCUGGAGGUACAAUGUUGAUUAUUUAGAGACCUCAUCUUCAUGAGACUAGCAAGGGAUGGACAUUCUGAAGAAGAAGAGAUGAGGUCCCUGCACUUCCGUUGACGAGUAUUUUGUCAGCAUCUCGAUGCGGAGGACCACAGCGUUGUAGCGCCCUUGGCUCAAGGUGACCAUCUUCAGCGCAUCGUGGUGUCGCUGCCCACACGAUCUCUACAGACACCACAAAAGGCUACAUGACCGAGGAGGCCGGUGGCCUGACCACUGAAUCACGUUGUCGUGCGGGCGCCUUGAUCUCGCAUGCGCUGCACAGGUUAGAUUGACAUUUUGCCCUGUGUUUAAUUACUACAUGCACUGCACACUGAUCCAUGUAUAUAUUGGCUCCCCUAUAUAUACCUCUGUUGGUGAAAAGUUUUGACUUUCGAGUUUUGUCAGACGUGAGUUGCAACAAUUUUCAGUUACUUUUCUAUGCCUGCCAUUCAUCUCUGAACCGUUGUGAUGGAGAUUGUAAUACUGUGUUUAGAAUAUGUCAGUCCAUAUGCAAGAUCUUCUUUUCAACUUGGCAACCA